ACCAGAUAUUCGAAUAACACCAAUAUUCAAGUGUGUUAGCCCGCCUAGAGUAUAGAUGACCCUCAACUAUUGACCCCGUGAAAUUAUUACACCCGUAGAUAGACUGAGCUAUUUGCUCAAUUCGACAGUGAACUGGCUGAAAACCCUGCUAGGGUAGGUAAAACGGAGGCUUCAUGUUGUCGUCAUCCGCCCAGUAACAAAUCUCCACUUACAUACAACCCACGAUGGUGAGCGCAGUUAGUUAUAUACAGCUGCCUCCUUUGAAUCCUAAGCCCCCAUCGUUGUCGCAAUCUUUGGUAUAGCGCUUCAUCAAAACACAAUGGGUUCCUCGACCUCGAAGGUGUCCCGCGGCGCUGCUCGACAAUACCCUAAGCACCCGACAUCAGCUGUGUCCGCACCGCGAGUAAGAGGCCGGCCUGGCCCGCAUAAUAUAUCCAAGCAAGCGUCAACUGCCGAUAGUAAUGCAACACGCCCAGACGGCGGAGAUCCUGACAUAGUCACUGGCGAAUUUUCUCAAAGGCUGCAACAGAUGGGCAUUGUGCAACCGAAUCCGACUCUCUCACACACAUCGUCAGCUACGCCUCAUUCCACGUCUUCAAGUGCCCUGAAGAAAGCACGCCCAGAUGGCCGACAAAACCCGACACUGACCGCACUGGACGUACGACAGCGGCUGCAACAGGAAGCUGACGAGCAGGCAGUCUUGCUUGGUGGAGGAAAUACCGCCGAGCGGCGAUUUGUUGACAUGCGUGCUAUUGUGGAUGCCAUGCGUAUGCUCAACCGUGGCAUGAACCAAAACCAGGUCGAAAAACGCCUGAGGAUGCAGACUGGAGCUCUAGCAAGAUUAGGUGGUCCGAACAUCGUUUCACACGAAUCGAGCGCUCAAUGAAGCAGGAGUACCUAGGAGAUCUUCUAGAUUAACUUUCAUUGAACAGAAU